ACCACGUCACUGCUCAACAGUUUGUGCUCAAAACGCUUCGAUCGCUCCUCCAGGAACCACUCGCCCGUCACCACCUUCAACUCCCUGCACCCGCGAUGGAAACAACAAGCUCAACGUGUCCGCAUGCACACACAUACUGUCUUCUCGUCCUUCUGCAGCACCUUCAGGAUGCUGUCUCGCUCGUGCUCCAGCAGGAAGGAGAGGUUCAGGUCAUCGGCCGACUCCAUCGCUGCCUCGGGGCUACGCGCAGGCGGCGGAAUCGGCCCCGCGGGGACGCCGCAUGAAGGGCAUUCGAAUGGAUCGCAACUGGACUGCUGUGGGCCCAAGCGCUUCUGAGACGGACUGACGCAAAGUGGAAAAGUGUGCUGCGGUCUGACGAGUCUGCAUUUUAAAUUGCUUCGGGAACUCAUGGACGUCGUGUGCUCUGAGCCAAAGGGGAAAAGGACCGUCAGGAUUGUGAUCAGUGCAAAGUUCCAAAGCCAGCAUGUUUGAUGGUGGUCUUCAAUGCUGACGAAGCCACGAACAACAUUAAAGAGUGCAUCGAGGGCGUCAUCGGCGGCAUGGACUACAGUCAAAGCAAAGUGAACCAGUGGAGCGCCGGCAUCGUGGAGCACUCUCUGACUCAGCUGGUCAAACAAGGUCGCCCCUUCAAGUACAUAGUUAACUGCACCGUCAUGCAGAAGAGCGGCGCCGGUCUGCACACGGCAAAUUCGUGCUACUGGGACAACACCGCGGAUGGAAGCUGCACAGUGCGAUGGGAGAACCGCACCAUGUACUGCGUGGUCAGCGUCUUUGCCGUCGCGAUAUAACGGCAGCGAAAACCCCGUGACCGUCCGUCCGUCCGUCCGUCCGCCCGCCUCGGAAAUGCUUCCGGUAUUUCUCCCGUCGGUCGAACAUCCUGCCGCCGGAAGGGAAUCUCGUUUUCCAGGACGGCGCCUGGAGGAGCUGACGCAAUGCGAAUUGAACACUUGCGUGGUGAGCCCUCAGCUCUUGUCACGCGUUUGCGACGUCUCCGUCGUUACGUUCCGACGUCGGCUUGCCUGCCCUUAACUGCGGAAAGAAACCAGUUGUUAUUUAUUAACUUGCAUGGCUUGUUUGGUCCAAAUGUGUUCAAGAAGACAUCCUGAAUUGCAAUGUUUUGUUCCAGAAUUAAAUGGCCGUCUACAAAAUA